UCAUAUGACUUUAGUGGCAGCGGAUAAGGGAGGAGUCACAUGUGAGCGUCAACCAUCCACGCGGUCAGCGACGAUAAUAUCAAACCAGCUUCUCUCCAUUCUCGCAACUUCCCCCGGAGACAUUUAGUGAGUGACCUUCUUGCGGACACCUCCACCGGCCUCUUCUGUUUCCCAAUCGAGUUCAGGUUCAACGGGGAAAUCAAGUGCGGGGCAGAGGCAGCAUCAAUCUGCGCGUCUGAUGGCGUGAUCGCAUCGAAGUGACUCCUGCAUUUGUUUCUCUGCUUAUCACCAUCCUUCCACUAAGUAACCCAACAAUCAUUGCAAUCAUGGCUUCUACCCACGACUCCCCGGAUGGAGCCGCCCAGCCGUUACUCACUCAACCGGACGAGAGAACCUAUGCAGCGACUGCCCAAGAAGGUGCGACCGUGGAAGAUCACCGCCCCGGUGCAUUCAAGCGAAACCUUGGCACCGUCGAAGCUUUCGGCAUCAUCAUCAGCAUCGUGAUCGGAAGUGGAAUCUUUACUUCCCCCGGGUCAAUCGACACCAAUGUUCCUUCGCCCGGAGUGGCUCUCGUGGUAUGGCUUGUAGGUGGGAUCUUAGCCUGGACCGGCGCCACGACUAUGGCCGAGCUGGGCACUGCCAUUCCUGGUGAAGGUGGCGUGCAGCCGUAUCUGCAGUAUAUCUUCGGUGAUCUCUGUGGCUUUCUGGCGGCCUGGACGUGGAUCAUUGCUGUCAUGCCGGCCACCUUGGCCAUUCUCAGCAUCGUGUUCGUCGAGAGCAUUUACUCGGCAGCUGGUGUGACUGAUCAGGCUGCAGCACUGUCGCACAAGCUGCUGUCCAUUUUGAUUCUUGUCGUGGUCAGCGUUGCGAAUUCUAUCAGCACCAAGGUCAGCACGCGGCUCAAUGGGUUCUUCGUCAGCACUAAGUUCGUCACCAUCGCUGCGGUGGUGCUAGCGGGGCUUGGUGCUGUUAUCGCCCAUCUGGCCAAGUCCGACAGUGCCCAUGGAUCCCGAGACUGGUUCCAGAAUCCCUGGUUCGGCUAUCGCAACACGGUCACUCCGGAUGGAAAGCUGAUUGACUGGCAUGACGUCGCUGGGUGGGAGAUGCUGGGGUAUUACUCGACCGCCUUGUACGGUGCACUGUGGGCUUAUUCUGGCUGGGACAAGGCGAUCUACAUCAGCGCAGAACUUUCCGCUCCGGCGCGCCAGCUUCCCUUGGCUAUCAACUCCGCCGUGCCUAUCAUCAUUCUCUGCUUCAUUGCGGCCAAUGCGGCAUACUACAUUCUCCUACCAUGGAACGUGGUCUCCACGACGGAUAGUGUGGCUGUUACGGCCAUAACGCAUCUUCUAGGCCCCGCAGCCGGCAUCAUCGCCGCGAUCUUGAUCUGUCUCGUAGUCGCCGGAUCUCUGCUGGGCAACUCCUUUGUUGCGGGCCGGAUGGUAGUUGCUGCUGCAAACAGGAACUGGCUGCCGCAACUCCUGGGAGUUAUCGGUCAGCUGGGACGGUCCUCCUCCGACCAGAACUACAGCCUCGGCUCCGAUGCACCCAUCAACGCCAUCGUCUUAUCGACCAUCUUGCCAAUCUUCUAUAUUCUCUUUGGCAACUUCCGAGCUCUGCUUACCUUCAAUGGUCUGGGAGAGUACUCGUUCUUUUUCCUGACGGUGGUUGGAGCGAUCAUGCUGCGCUUCCGCGAACCGGACCUCGAGCGGCCCUACAAGCCCUUUCUGGGGAUUCCAAUUGUCUUUGUCCUGGUGAGUGGGUUUGUGGUGACGCGUGGGGCGGUGUUUGCGCCGUUUCAGGCGGCUAUUCUGAUCGUGCUGUGGGUGAUUGGGGCGGGAUUCUAUGCUCUUCGUAAGCGGUGGCUGAAAGGGGGACAGAGGUAUGCUGCGGUGUCGACCGGGGAGGGCGAGGGGGAGGCGGAGUAGUGCUGCGCGGCGAAUUGUUGUCUACUCACACGAUGACAGUAGAGGAUUCGAAGUUCAUCGUGUUGCAAAGGGUGCAGUUUUAUGCAACGUGAAACGUGAAAGGGGAGUACUGGGUAGUGCCGCCGGCACAAUAGUUUAAGGCAGUAAAUUAACCUAGAGGGGGCAAAUGAACACAGAUUGAGAAGAUCCCAGCAACCGCA